GCUCUCAUUUGAAGGAGCUCACGGGUUCAUUCAACUAUUAAGCGCCUCCCAGUUCCUCUAAAGGACAUUAUAAUGCAAGGAACCUCCUUUUUAACCACAAACCGAAUUUGCUUUCAUUUAGGCCAUAUAUAUUUUUUAAAUAGUUUAAAGUCAUAGAGAUUUUUUUGGAAAAGCAUUUCGCCCUGGAGCGGUGCGCGAUGCUUUCCCACGCCGACCUGCUGGAUGCUCGCCUCGGUGAGUUAUCAACGCCAAACUCCGGUCUGCAACUCUACUGGAUGAAGGAUGCCGCGGCCGAGCUUCUGGGUCACAGGGAGGCAUUGAAAUGCAGGCUAGGCGGCGGCGGAACUGACCCGGGCCACCCCGGAGAACUCGCUCCGGUCUCCGAUGCAGUGGAAGGGGCCACCCUUCUCCCCGGAGACGAUAUCAACAGUGCUGGAUCCAAUCCGUCGGGUGUAGCGGUGAACAGUAAGGAACAGGAGAAGCAGCAGCAGCAGCAACAGAACCCCGCUCAGUCCGGCGCCCAGCAGAGUCAGAAACAGAAACGGCACCGGACUCGCUUUACUCCGGCUCAGCUUAACGAGCUGGAACGCAGCUUCGCCAAAACCCACUAUCCGGACAUCUUCAUGCGCGAGGAGCUCGCGCUCCGGAUCGGCCUGACGGAGUCACGCGUGCAGGUUUGGUUUCAGAACCGACGCGCCAAAUGGAAGAAGCGCAAGAAGACCACCAACGUGUUUCGCGCUCCGGGCACUUUGCUGCCCACUCACCACGGCCUACCGCAGUUCCCCUCUGCCGCGGCCAUGGGCGACGGCCUGUGCUCUUUUCACGCUAAUGACGGCCGCUGGGCGGCGGCCGGGAUGCCGGGAGUCUCACAGCUGCAGUUACCGCCCGCCCUAGGCCGACAACAAGCCAUGGCACAGUCUCUAUCCCAGUGCAGCCUGGGCGCCGGACCGCCACCCAACUCCAUGAGCCUGUCCAACAUGUCCUCCAACGGUUCUGGCCUCCAGUCCCACCUCUACCAACCCACCUUCCCCGGCAUGGUGCCCGCGUCGCUCUCUGGUCCCACCAACGUGACAGGCUCGCCUCAGCUGUGUAGCUCCCCGGACACUGACAUCUGGAGAGGGACGAGCAUCGCGUCCCUGCGCCGUAAAGCGCUCGAGCACACAGUGUCCAUGAGUUUCACCUAAUACUUUGACGUGGUUCACCUCCUGUUUCUCGUCCACCCGUCAUUACUGGCCCAGUGACGCACACGGAAGUCAAAGGAUACGACUGUCCUCCAGUAAACAUGAACUGUGCGCACCUGAUGGAAAUAAAACCUAAAGCAUCAUAGGCUGAAAAAACGAAAUGUAUUUAUUACGUCCUAUUUAUUUAAUAAUUUAUUUUUUAUUUAUUAGCACUUUCUUUUUUGCUUAAUCAAAAUAUCAGCAACCUGGACAGUAAACAGUCUGUACAUUUGAAAUGUAUUCGUUUGCAUUUGAGAAACAAGACGAGAGACGGUGCCCUAGUUUUUAUUAUUAUGAUCAUCAUUGUUAUUAUGGAAGAAAUCGUUCAAAUUUUAGGACUGUUUUAUGAAUCGGUGGAAAGAAAGGAAAAUAACUCAACAAGAAUUAAGAUUCUUGACUGCAUGUGCCGACCAAGGUAAACAACACCACAACAACAACGGAGAAAUGUUAUUUAAACGAGAAGUAUGAAUUUGUUAUAUGCUGUUAUAUAGGAUGUUUUGUGUAGAUAAAGCAUUCGGUCAGUUUGUGAUAUGUUCUAAGUUCAUGUAUGUGCUUAUACCAAUAUAAAUUUCUUAAAUGUUUGAUCUUCUUAACGGUUCUUUUGUUUUCUGAACAUGUUUAUAACGAUUGAAUGUAAAUUAACGAAUAAAAUCAUUUUCAAUAUGU